AUGCUUUGUUUAAGGCUUCUCAUUGUACAAAGGAUACCUUUUGAGGAGGGAAAUGAAAAAGAAAAUCAAUACCACAAGUGUGAUGGUAGAUAUUUUGUUUGCGGAUGUUAUUAUGGAUGCUUCUUACAUAUGUUUCCCAGAAUAUCUGUGGGUUUAGGCAACAUACAAUCACUCAUCCUAAGAUGUUUAUUAUUCGCACAUAACUGCGAACUUUGGGAUUUUGUUGAUACCAAAACAAAACGACAUUGUUUAUGUAUGGGAUUUUCAUUUUAUGAUUCCGACUUAUUGGAGUGGAACGAGGAUUAUAUCGUUGAAUCGAAAUUUCCGUAA